UGCUUGUCGAAGCAGCCAAACAGAACACUGGCCAGAAAAAGGGACCCAAACGGGAAGGCAAAGCUCAUCGUUCACUGUGAUUACAGAGGCCCCGAGACUAUUGCCCGAUUCCCAAUCGGACUCGCAAAACCACUUGUCCCUUUCCAUUUCCUCUCUUCUCCGGCAAAUCGAUACCGAAUUUCAGAGGGAUAGAAAUGGCAGCCCCCACAAGCAGUGAUCGCACAAGGACAAACUGGACUCCCACUAUGGAACGCUUUUUUGUUGACCUUAUGUUAGAUCAGAUGCAUAAAGGGAAUAGAUUAGGCCACACGUUUAACAAACAGGCAUGGACGGAUAUGCUGACAGUUUUCAAUGUGAAGUUCGGCUGUAAAUAUGAUAGAGAUACCUUAAAAAGUCAUUACACCAUUUUGUGGAAGCAGUAUAAUGAUGUUAAAAAUCUCCUUGACCAGAAUGGGUUUGCUUGGGAUGAUACGCUUAAAAUGGUGAUCGCUCCUCCUCAUGUCUGGGAUGCCUAUAUCAAGUCUCAGCCAGAUGCACAAAUGUACAGGAGUAAAAAUUUGAACAACUUCAAUGAUUUGUGCCUGAUAUAUGCUUAUACGCAAGCUGAUGGAAGAUACAGCCGUUCCAGUCAUGAUUUAGACUUUGAUGAUGACAAUCAAGGGGUGAAUUUUGGCAGCCUUCCUCUAGCAAGUAAUGAGCAUCCAAAAAUAGAAUGGACACCAGCCAUGGAGCAAUACUUUAUUGAGCUUAUUUUGGACCAAAUUAAGAAGGGCAAUAAAAGCAAUGACACAUUCAAUAGACAGGGAUGGAAAGAUAUGCUCACUUCAUUCAACACAAAAUUUUGUUCUCAAUUUGGCAAAAGUUUUCUUAACCGCCGAUUGAAAAAACUGUCUAAGUGCUACACUGAAGUUCAGUGUUUACUUCAACAAAAGGGAUUUUCUUGGGAUGAGAAACAACAGAUGAUAAUCGCAGAUGAUGGUCUUUGGGAUAAGUAUAUCAAGGUACACCCAGAUGCACGUACUUACAGAACAAAGAGAUUAUUGAACUACCAUGAUUUGUUGUUGAUAUUUGGAAAUGCAAGCAACAAUGGACUUGGGGGUUGUAUACGCCACAGAAGAAAUAUCGAGCCUAGAAUGCUAGCAGUUAAUACAGGUGAUGAAAAGAAGAGCUGUCCUUUUGACAGAAGUGACUCUUUAAGCAUAUGUUGGACACCAGAAAUGGAUCGUUAUCUUAUUGAUUUGUUGUUGGACCAGGCACUCAGGGGGAAUAAAAUUGGUCAUGAAUUUAUACCUGAGGCUUGGUCUGAAAUAGAGACAGGCUUUAAUGAAAGAUUUGGAUCUCACCAUGACAAAGUUGUUUUGAAGAAUCGUUCUAGAUUUUUCAGGAGGCAGCAUAAUGGCAUAAAGAGUCUUCUUGGCCAGAAUGGUUUCUCUUGGGAUGACACUCAAGAAAUGGUAACUGCUGAAGAUUAUGUUUGGGAUUCUUAUGUCAAGGCUCAUCCCAGUGCUCAGUCAUAUAUAAAAAAAUCAGUGCCCAACUAUCACAAGCUAUGUGUAAUAUAUGGUGAAGAAAGAUCCAAUGGUCUAUGCAGUUAUCUGGACCAGACUGUAGAUCUUGCCUGUGAAGGCUCAGAUUUGAUGAUUGGAGAUGACACCCAAGUACUUGCGAAUGAGGAUAGUCCUAGUGGAGAUUGGACUUCUUUGAUGGACCGCCAUCUUAUUGAUCUCUUGUUAGAGCAAGUUCAUAAAGGGAAUAGAACCAAACACACUUUCAACAGUGAAGCAUGGAUGGAAAUGGUGCUAUCAUUUAUGGAUAGAUUUGGACUGCAGUUUGAUGAGGACCUUUUGAGGAAUCAUCAUAAAAGUUUAGGGCAGCUUUACAAUAACAUGAAGAUUCUUCUUGACCAGGGAGGGUUUUCUUGGGAUGAAACGCAUCAGAUGAUCACAGCCCAUGAUAUUGUUUGGGAUACUUACAUCAGGGAACACCCAGAUGCAGAGUCAUACAGAAACAAAUCUAAACCAAAUUAUUAUGAUUUGUGCUUGAUCUAUGGAAAUUCAACUUAUGAUGGAAAGAGCAACCUAUCAGAACAGGAUGCUAGCUGUAAUGGUAAUGGAAUCAAACUUAGUAAUGGCAAUGGCUACUGCUGGAGAACUGACUGGACACCACCAAUGGACCGAUUUUUCAUUGAUCUAAUGCUGGAGCAAGUUUAUCAAGGGAGUAUGGUUCAUCAAAAAUUUAACAAACAUGCCUGGGAUGAUAUGGUCAGAAAAUUCCGAGAAGAAUUUGGACAUCAGUACAACAAAGAUGUCCUGAAAAGUCGCUUUAUAAACUUGAGGAGGCAAUUCGUUGACAUGAAAAUUUUGCUCGACCAGAGGGGAUUUGCUUGGGACAGGAUGCAGUGCAUGAUAGUUGCUGAUGAUUUUCAUUGGGAUGCUUAUGUGAAGGAGCACCCUGGUGCAAGGACAUACCACAACAGAACACUCCCCAGUUAUGACGAUUUGUUCUUGAUAUUUGGAAAUGCAAACAACGGGGAGCACUUGGACACACAGAAAUUUGCCUUUAAAGAAGAUUAUGAAUCCCCUGCCAGUAGCAACGGUCCUGUAGAGGGGUUAUAUGGAUCAGAAAGAACGAAUAUUGAACCAGAUAUUGGCAAUGAUACCCUAGAUAACGGGUUCCAUGACAUCUUUGGAGAUCUGCAAUCUCUAGCUGCAGAGUUUGAAAUAUAUGACCUUAGGAAGAAGAGGAAACCCUAUGAUUCCUCAAUGUCAGUCUUCCCUAGGAAAACUCAGAAACCUUGCCAGGACAUACAGGAAGCAUUUGAUGAGAACACAAGCAUCUUCAAAACACAGUUCACUUAUGGGGAGGAUCGAUCUUACAGCUCAAUUGAAAACAUAGUUGACGCUCUUCAAGAUGUGCCUGGUAUGGAUGAUGAGCUCUUCCUGGAAGCUAGUAAACUCUUGGAAGAGGAGAAAAAUACAAAGAAGUUCCUGGCAAUGGAUGUUAAUCAACGAAGAAAGUGGUUACAAAGAAAGCUUUGCCAAUAGCUUCCAUUAAUUGUCAGCCUAUGUAAAUAAAUUUACUUCUCUUUUAUCAAUAUAUAUGUAAAUCUAUUAUUAUUUUGCCUUCAAUUUGUCAAAUAGUUGGAGUGUUAAUGCAGAGGAGUUUCAAGCAUCCAAGAGAAAAUCAACUACAGUUCCCUAA